AUGAGCUCCCAAGUCUCCACAUCACGGGGUCUUCACCCCCCGGGCAAGCUUGGGACAUUUGAGUCGUCCCAUUCCUGGCCACUGCCAGCGCCUACAGCCCAGCCCGAAGCGGGCCGCGGUGAUGACCAGGAGGUCAGGCUGUUGUCGGUUGCCUGGAACCAGGAUUGUGGAUGCUUCGCUGCUGGUACCAGCAACGGGUUCAGGAUAUUUAACUGCGAGCCUUUCAAGGAGACUUUCAGGAGGGACCUUAAGAGCGGCGGGUUCGGCAUUAUCGAGAUGCUGUUCCGUUGCAACAUCCUUGCUCUUGUAGGCGGCGGCUCCAAUGUGCAGUACCCGCCAAACAAGGUGAUGAUCUGGGACGAUCACCAGAGCCGUUGCAUUGGAGAGUUCGCCUUCCGCUCUGAUGUCCGGGCUGUAAAAUUGGCAAAGGACUACAUUGUGAUUGUCCUCGAGCGCAAGAUAUUCGUCUACAACUUCACCGAUUUGAAGCUGCUCUACCAGAUUGACACCCUGUCAAAUCCCAAGGGACUUUGCUGCCUCUCUCAUCAUUCCAACACUUCAGUGUUGGCCUGCCCUGGGGUGCACCAGGGGCAUGUUCGCGUGGAGCAUUUCGGGCUGAAGAUGGCGAAGACAAUCCCAGCUCAUGAUUCACACAUCUCUUGCAUGUCACUGACAAUGGAUGGUCUUCUACUGGCAACUGCAAGCACGAAGGGCACUUUGAUCAGAAUAUUCAACACAAUGGAUGGCACUCGCCUACAAGAGGUACGCAGAGGGCUUGACAAAGCAGAAAUAUAUAGCAUUGCGUUGUCACCCAACGUGCAGUGGUUGGCAGUGUCCAGCGACAAAGGGACUGUUCAUAUUUUCUCUCUGAGAGUCAGAGUUGCUGGGGAGGAUGCAAGCAAUGAGCAACACGCUCUUGAACGAAUGGAUCACCAGAACUCUUCCAGUUCUAUUGAUCCUCUUAUUCAGGCGAACACUGGAUCCAAUGCGAGUUCAUCACUGUCUUUUAUGAGAGGGAUCCUGCCGAAGUAUUUCAGUUCAGAGUGGUCAUUUGCUCAGUUCCAUUUACCAGAAGUCACUCGUUACAUAGUAGCCUUUGGUGCCCAGAAUACUGUGAUGAUGGUUGGCCUGGAUGGCAGAUUGAUUCUUGGAAUAGUUUCAGUUAGUUGUAGGGUUGAUUUGGCAGAGUCUGUUCCUAUCUAG